CAAGCUGAGCUUAAGCUUGUAAAUACUUUUUGGGGCCUCCAUAAGCCCAGCAUACUGCUUCCUACUUUUUGCUCAACUAUCAAACGUGCAAGACGGGCAGAAUCAACAUUAGAGCCAAAAAGUCUUGAUGAAAUUGAUAUUUCUAUUUCUCUUCCACCAUUUUGGCUUAUAGACGGUACUUUUAAGACUGUGCCUAAACUUUUUUAUCAGUUGUAUACGAUUCAUACACCAGUAGGUGCAACAAGUAAUUGUAGAAUUCUUUCUUUGGUCUAUGUGCUCAUGACGAAUAAAAGUGAAGAGCUCUAUCAACAAUUAUUUCAAUAUCUAAAUGAAAUUGCUGAAGAAAAUAAUAUAGUAUUAAGUCUAUCAAUUGUUAUUACAGAUUUUGAACGUGCUUCAAUUAAUGCAUCACAUAAUGAAUUUCCAGGUGUUACAAAUAAAUGUUGCUUUUUUCAUUUGGGUCAAAGUGGUUGGCGCAAAAUUCAAAAAGUUGGAUUAGUUAAUCAAUAUGGUGAUGAUGAUAAUCUUAGUAUAGGAUUACAGCAACUAUUCGCAUUAGCAUUUUUACUUCCUAAAGAGAUUCCUUCUGCAUUUAUUAUUUUAAAGCAAUAUAUACCUUCAAUUGCCAAUGCAGUUGUAGAAUGGUUUGAAUUAACAUAUGUUCUUGGAAAACCAUGA